UUGUAAGACUACAACUGAAACCACAAGACAUGAAUGUACCAGGUCAAUGAUUUUUUGCUAAAUUAUAUGGUUUAUUCUUUAUUACAAUUUGUUAGAGCCUUGAUUCGUUGCUGAGUGUGCCAUUUAUUUUGGAUAGGGAUGGAUGCCCAAGUCGCAUAUGGCUUCCAUCAUCUACGAGAUGAAAAGCCAUAUCUUGCUCAAGGACCAGUUGCAAAUAAGUUGAUUUAUGCUGGAUAUAGCUGCACGCAGGGAUGGUUCUGUACCCCUUGUAUAGCAAGUCCUCAGCUAAGAGGACUUCGGAAUAUUUUGCGGCUUUACAUUAAAAGGGCCAAUUGUUCUGAAUGGGAGCAAAUUCAAAUGCCUUCAAGGCAAGUCAUAGAAUUCUGUCACAGUCGGAAAAGAUAUUUAGAUGUAUAUGACCCUUGGGAUGUCAGAAAAUCGAGUAGCUGACCCUAUUUAUACGAACCCAGUGAUCAGUGCUAUGCAGAUAACGUGAAAUGCCGACACGUGAUGGCUGGUAGACCGUUUACAAUUUUUCAUCUGAAAAUAUUUAAAUUGGCACAGAAACUACAUAUGUGGGUUUGGUAGUUAUCUAGAUUUUGUAUCUUUC